AUGCAGCUUAUGGAUCUUCCGACGCCGGUACCUGUCCCUGAGGUGAUAAUGGGGAGCUCAGGUGACGGGCUGUCGCACGAGUCUCAGCAACUUGGCCUGUAUUUCUGCGCAGGGUUCACCUGGCUCAUCGGGGGCUGUUUCGUCGCACUCCGCUUCUACACGAGGAGGCAGAUUCUGAGGAUCCUGGGCGCUGCUGACUGGUGUAUACUAGCAGCCUGGGUAUUCGCCACCGGUGUUAUGAUCGCUUCCGUUGACCGUUCGUUCUCCUCCCCCAACUACAGCAACAUGGCCCAUGGUACGAACAGGCAACUAACACUGGAUGCCUGGAACUUAGAGAUCUAUACCGGGCAAGGAAAGCAUAUUUGGGACACGGAUCCUGCUGAUUUGGCUCUUGGAAUAAGGGCCUCUUGGUACAGCAUCCUCUUCUACAGCCUCACGGUCUGCUUUGUCAAGAUAUCCAUCCUGCUGCUCUACUUCACCUUCUUUACCAUCGGCUGGGCCUGGUGGGCAGCACGGAUAGCCAUGGGCUUUGUUGUCAUAUCCAACGUGUGGACCGUCGGCUCAGUUCUCACGGCAUGCAUUCCCCUGCAAGCCUACUGGGACUUCACAGCCCGAAGCGACGCGCUGUGCCAGUCGGAACGAAUCUGGUGGUUUAACAACGGGCUGCACGUUGCCACUGACUUCUUCAUCUUUGCCCUCCCUCUGCCUGUCAUCUGGAACCUGCGGAUGCCCUGGCGGCAGAAGCUGGCUAUCUUGGCCUUGUUUGCCUUGGGUUUCUUCGUCUGCACCAUGGCAAUCGUCCGGCUUGUCCUUUUGAUCGAUACGAAUCUCACCCCUGGGUCGGAUUUGACAUGGAACACGGCCUCGAACACGUACUGGACCUCAAUCGAAGUCAACAUGGCCAUCGCUUGCGCAUGUGCCGUCACGCUCAAGCCGCUGAUCGUCCGCCGCUUCCCUCGUCUCUUUGGCAUGGAUCGCUCCACCAAAUCGGUGGCGCUGGCUCGCGCGGCGGCCGCCAACCAUCGCGCAUCACUCUCAACCGUGGGUACGCGCGGCGCGCGCAAGCACGGAGACACGCCCCGGAUAGACAGCUGGAUCGACUUUCCGGGGAAGCUGGACGGGUUUGAAUCUUAUGGAAAGGGGGUGAAGCUCGGCGACGACGAGUCUCUGUCCAAGGACCUCCAUUAUCCUGGCCAAGCGCAGGGGAUGGGAACGGGGCGUGUUGAUGACACGGAGAGCAACAUCGGGAUCGCGGUGUCGGACGAGUGUGCUGCAGGCCAGCUCGAUAACGGACACAAUGGGUUAACAGCCUGGAAAGAAGCGCAUCCCAUAGGGGGAGCUGUCUAA